AUGAAGGGGAAAGUGCAAAGUACAGAGGUCGCUCCUGCCGACAUAAUCCUCCCCUCCUGCGAGUCGAACGACGACGACGACCGCGCCUCAUUUUCCUUCUCCGUCGCGUCCAAUUCGAGCUUCUCGACCGUCCUACCCCAGGACUGCAUAUCGAGCCUCCCACCGAGACUUCAAACACGCCAUUCCUCCCUCGUUUCCGCCGAAUACGCCUCUUCCACGGCAUCGUCUCCCUGUGCCGCGUACGCAGAUCUCUCUCUCGACGGCGACCAGGGAGCUGAACAACUACAGCCUUCGUCCACAACCCUCGAGGCUGGCGGUGCGCUGAACCCUUCCUCAGCAGCAAGAAGCCGGUCUCCCAUCCGCUAUUCACAACGGGCAAUCAUGUCUGGGCAUGGAGACCCCACCCGCUCCUCAUCACCCUUAAAACGACGCGCAUCCAGUAUGGAUCCCGAACCAAACAACACCGUCGGCCAAUCUGCCUCUGAUUUUCCUCGAGCUAUGAGCGUGGAUGCACCUGAUUCUGGCCCCGGUUACGCCCAGGAUCCCGAUGCCAGUAAGUCGACGUCGACUACGCCGGACAGCACCAAACGCCUGAAACUGGACACGUCGUCCGAGUCCUCUGCAUCACCGCCUUUUGCGGGCCAGUCGCCCCCAUCAUCCGAGCCCAGUGGCUGCUCCAUCUCUGAUGGCAUCACAACUCCUCCUCUAACUGAGCAGCUCAAAACUAUCCAAACUCUUCAGCGAGCAUUCAAUGAAACUCCUGUCCAAGAGAAUGACGUGGCUUUCGUCGUUACAAAGACCUGGGUCAACAAGGCCUUGGCCUUGGGAGGAGACCCGAAGCAUCUAAAGGAUAAUAUCUCCGAAGAGCCCCUAGGCUCCGUGGAUAACUCGGACAUUAUCCAGGAAGUACUGGAACAGCCUCCUUCUGACGAGCCCUUUGUCCGUCUGAAGCCUGGAACAGACCUUGAGACCUGCGAGCUCUUCUCGGAGGAUGCCUGGAGCCUUAUUUACAAGUGGUAUGGCCUCAAGGAGGGCCAGCAUCCUAUCCGCCGUGUGGCUCUUAAUACCCAGUCUGAUCCCACAUCACCUCCAAACAUCAUCUAUGAAAUCCACCCUCCUGUAUUCACCAUUCACCGUCUCUGGUCGGACGUCAGCGGUAUCAACAUCCCCCAGACUCUCAAGGCAAACAACCCACCCCCGCUCAUCAUGGUGAGGAGUGCAAGAUACUCGUACAACCAGUUCAUCAGGGACAUCAAAGAUGCGCUCAAGAUCCCCUAUGAACGCAAGAUCCGUCUUUGGGAGGUGGAUCGCACUAUCCCAGAGGUUCCUUCCGGGCCCGCCUCAUCCGCCUCUGCCAUGACGCCGCCUACCACCCCUCCCGAAUCUGCCAACCCCCAAGAUUCAUGGAACUCCCUCCUUCUGGACGUCCCUACCUGGGCCCAGCUCGAUCGCAGCAAGAGAACGAAAAUCGAGGCGGAGGAUCAAACUGGUAAUCCCAAGUACAAUGGGAAAGCAACUUUGAAUAUCCACAGUCUGGUCACAGACAAGACCCUCGUUGUGGAGGAGUCGACCGACGGAGGCUGGGUUUCUACCAAAAUUGCUAAGACCAAUGGUAAAACCGGUAACCGACCGGCCAACAUCUCCACCCAGUCUCGAACCAGCAGCGGCCGCAACAGCCCCGCGCUGCAAGGCCCCAUCACACGGGGCAGGGCGCAGAAGAAGAAGAGCUGGAGGGGUACCGGGGCCGUUGGACUCCAGAACCUUGGCAACACCUGCUACAUGAACUCGGCUCUCCAGUGCGUGCGGAGCGUAGAGGAGCUCACCAAGUACUUUCUCACUGAUGAAUACGUCGAGGAGAUUAACCAGGAGAACCCGCUCGCUUUUAACGGCAAGAUGGCGAUGGCCUACGGUAAUCUCCUGAAAGAGAUGUACCACAACUCCGAUCACUUCCGCCCUUCGAGCUUCAAAAGCGUCGCCGGACAGUGCCGACCGACUUUUGCCUCUUGGGGACAGCAGGACUCACAAGAAUUCCUCGGCUUCCUUCUCGAUGCCUUGCAAGAAGAUCUUAGCCGGGUUAAACGCAAGCCAUACAUCGAGAAGCCCGAUUCUACGGACGAAAUGAUUAAUGACCAAGCUGCCAUUGCCCGGAUGGCUGAGCAGGUCUGGGACAUCACGAAGAGGCGAGACGAUUCGGUGAUCGCGGACUUAUUCACUGGUCUGUACAAGAGUACGCUUAAGUGCCCCGUCUGCCACAAGAUCAGCAUCACGUUCGACCCGUUCAACAAUCUCACCCUCCCUCUCCCCGUUGAGAACUUGUGGUCCAAGGCCGUCAAGUUUUACCCUCUGAACGAUGCCCCCGUCUACUUGGAGGUGGACAUUCCCCAGCACAGCUCUAUGGAGGUUCUCAAGGAAUUCGUCUCCGAGCGAAUCGGCGUCCCGGUCGAUCGCCUGAUUGGUGCGGAAGAGUUUAAGGGCAAGUUCUUCAAGAUCUACGACGACUCGAUGGAUGUUUCGGAGGAGAUUCAACCGAACGAUGUGCCGACUGUCCACGAGCUCGAGCGACCCGCCUCGAACUGGCCUCCCCGGCCCGUGCCGGUGGAGAAGAGACGCCGCAAGCUUGUUGACGGAGAUAGCCCCGAGAGCGAUGAGGAUGUUUGGGACGACCCUCGCUGUGAUCAAAUGGUUCUUCCCGUUAUUCACCGUCGCGAGUCGCGAUUUGGUCGUGCUUCUUACAGGAAGGACGAUGGUCUUCCCCCUCACUUUAUUAUUCUCACACGCGAAGAGGCCCGCAGCGAAGAUGCCAUUCGGCGAAAGGUUCUUGAAAAGGUUGCCUCAUUCUCCACCUGGUCCUACCUCCACGAAGAUGAGGAUGGCGAAGACGGUGACGUAGCUGAGAACACGGAUGCCGAAAUGGUGCUCACCUCGGACGGUGACUCUGGUGAUUCUAAGAUUAUUGUCAAGUCUGUCGAAGGAGAGGAAGAUUUGGUGGAUGUCACUAUGAAGGAUGCCACCAAGGCUUCCAAGUCCACCAAGGCUCCUGCCACCACCAUCCUCAAGCGUUUUAACCAGCGACGGCCCAAAUGGGUUAAUACGGAUCAAUUCCUCCAGUCGGUGGUCCAAAACCUGUUUGAAAUGAGCUACUUCAGUGACGGUCGAAACUCGGAUGGCAUCAUGGCAACGGGAUGGAAUGUAGUCGACGAUAACAAGGAGUUCCCGAGGCUCUCUACCCGGAUGCCCGAGCCUGAAACUCCUGUUGAUGACGAGACCCAGAGCACCGCGGAUUGGCCUAACGGCAACGCCUCUGAUAACGAGAGCGGUAGCGAGGAGAGCUCCCCCGGCGUACCGGCGCAGACACGCAUGGCCGAAGAAUCGUCAGAGGACGACGUCACCGUUUCAUACAGGAAUCUCAACCGUAUGAAUGGUCGUGCGAAGGGCAAGUACAAGGUUGGCGGCGGCCGAGGACGACCUGGCAAGCAGAAGAAGACGUAUUCCAAGAAGGAGCGGCGUCUGGCCAAGGUUAGGCGAGGUAAUAAGCAUCUGUCCAAUAGUUUCCAGACGCCUGAUGUCCCGCCCCAGCCUGAGAUUCCUUCGCUUGUUGAUGACGGCGCUCUUGUCCAUCUUGGAGAGGGCCUUGUUGUCGAUUGGAGUGAGGAGGCUUGGGACAUGGUCUUUGGUCUCGACACCCAGGACUACGGCGAUAACCGCGGCGCCAAAACGUACUCUAACCCCGAGCAGCUUAAGGAUGUUGCCCUCGAGAUGAAGCGUAAGGCCCGAGUCUCCAGGCGCAGCUCCGGCAUCACGCUGGAUGAUUGCCUCGAUGAGUUCGAGAGGGCCGAAGUCCUCUCGGAGCAGGACAUGUGGUAUUGCCCUAGGUGUAAGGAACACAGGCGAGCCAGCAAGAAGUUUGAUCUCUGGAAGACGCCGGAUAUCCUCGUGUGCCACCUGAAGAGAUUCAGUUCAUCCCACUACCGACGGGACAAGAUCGAUAUUAAGGUUAGCUUCCCUGUGGAGGGACUGGAUCUUGAGACCCGUGUUUUGCACAAGGAGGAUGGCAAAGUUGAAGUUUACGACCUCAUCGGUGUCGACGAGCAUUACGGUGGGCUUGGCGGUGGCCACUACACGGCGAGUGCAAAGAACUUUAUGGACGGAUGUUGGUACCACUACAAUGAUAGCUCUGUGAGCAAAGUGAAGGAUCCCUCGCAGGUGGUUACUAAUGCUGCCUACCUGCUAUUCUACCGACGCCGUUCAUCCGUUCCCUUAGGCGGACCCCGAUUUGCCGAGAUCUCGGCCAAGUUCAACAGCCGAUUUGACGAGGAUUCCGAGGAAGCCGGAUCGGGGGACGACCAACGGGUUGGCGGGUCAUCCCUGUAUGGCUCGUCGACCGGUGGCAAGGGAACGGGGAACAGCGGGACGAUUCGCCUUCGCGGAACAAAUCGCGGUGGUUCUGAGCCGAUGGACGAGCUCCCCCCUUACACGUCCGUUCAGCCGAGCAUCGAGGACGAGGGGAUCGAAAUGGGUGAGUCCAGUAAUACGGCGGCGGCCGGAGCGUACUCGACGGGAUGGAGCUUUGAUCAGCUGAACGGCGCGACAGCAAGCACCGAGGCAUCAGGGAAGAUAUCACUUGUUGACUAUGCCAGCGAUGACGCGCAGCUCGACUCGGCCAGUGAAGGCCCCGAUACGCUCAUGGAUUCCGAUCCCCAGCUCCCGGACGCGGCAGGAUCGUACUUUGAUGCGGUUGCUCAGGGCGAGGAGCUCCUCCCAGACUACGAGUACUCGGAAGCAGCACCGGCGGUUAUUGAAGAGGGCGGGGCGGCUCAGGUUCCCUGGAACGACGUCCACGGAGGUCCGGGCAGCUGGGGCCGGGCGCCGGAUAACGACUCUGAUGCUGUUGCGGAAAUUCGGCUGGAGGACGAGACCAGGGAGUCGUAA